UGAAAAACCUGGAAACGGUCAACAUUUAGCUAGCAACUACACUAUACUAUAGGUGUAUACCUUAUAAACGGUCAACAUUUAGCUAGCAGCUACACUAUACUAUAGGUGUAUACCUUAAUAAUAAGUGGGGGGCCAGAGCCCGAUUUGCAGCGGUGCCUUGUAGACCCAGACCGCCGCCAUGGUGGAUUUCCUGGCGGAGAACAACCUGUGUGGUCAGGCGGUGCUGAGGAUCGUGUCCCGGGGUAACGCUAUCAUAGCCGAGCUCCUCCGCCUCUCGGACUUCAUCCCUGCUGUCUUCAGGCUCAAAGACAAGAGCGACCAGCAGAAAUAUGGAGACAUCAUCUGUGAUUUCAGCUACUUCAAGGGUCCAGAGUACUACGACAGUAAGCUAGAAGCCAAACCAGAUCUGCAGGAUUUGGACGAUGAGUUCCGGGAGAACAACAUAGAGAUACUUUCACGAUUCUACCUGGCGUUUGAAAGUGUCCACAAGUACAUCGUUGAUCUGAUCAGGUACCUGGAUGACCUGUAUGAAGGAGUUUACAUUCAACAGACCCUGGAGACUGUGCUGCUGAAUGAGGAUGGAAAACAACUCCUGUGUGAAGCCCUGUAUCUCUAUGGAGUCAUGCUGUUGGUUAUUGACCAGAAGAUGGAGGGAGAGGUCAGAGAGAGGAUGCUGGUGUCCUACUAUAGAUACAGUGCUGCCCGCUCCUCAGCAGACUCUAACCUGGAUGACAUCUGUAAGCUGCUGCGUAGUACAGGCUACUCCAGCCAGUCAGGGGCCAAACGGCCAGCUAACUACCCUGAGAGCUACUUCCAGAGAGUGCCUAUCAGUUCUACCUUCAUCAGCAUGGUGAUCGGCAGGCUGCGUUCUGAUGACAUCUAUAACCAGGUAUCUGCGUACCCUCUGCCUGAGCAUCGCAGCACAGCCUUAGCUAACCAGGCUGCCAUGCUGUAUGUCUGUCUCUACUUCAUUCCCUCCAUACUUCAGACUCAACAGGCCAAGAUGAGGGAGAUAGUGGACAAGUACUUCCCUGAUAACUGGGUCAUCAGUGUCUACAUGGGAAUCACUGUGAAUCUGGUGGAGGCUUGGGAACCGUAUAAAGCUGCCAAGAUCGCCCUCAACUACACCCUGGACUCGGCCAAUAUCAGAGAGCAGGCCAGUCGUUAUUCAGUCAGUAUGGAGGGCCUGAGGCCACAGAUCCAGCAGCUGCUGAAGGAAGGGUUUCUGAGGGAGGAGAUCGUCCUGGAUAACAUCCCCAAGCUGCUCAACUGUCUACGGGACUGUAACGUUUCUAUACGCUGGCUGAUGCUACACACUGCAGACUCAGCCUAUGAUCCCAACAACAAGCGUCUGCGCCAGAUCAAAGAUCAGGUGAUCAACGACUCCAAGUACAACCCCAAGAUCCUCUUCCAGUUACUCCUCGACACCGCCCAGUUCGAGUUCACUCUCAAAGAGAUGUUCAAGCAGAUGCUGUCAGAGAAGCAGCUGAAAUGGGAGAGUUAUAGAACAGAGGGAUCAGAGAGGAUGACCGAGCUGGCUGAGGUCUUCUCUGGGGUCAAGCCUCUAACCAGAGUGGAGAAGAAUGAGAACCUGCAGGCAUGGUUCAGGGAGAUCUCUAAGCAGAUAGAGUCUCUGAACUACGAGGACUCCACCGCUGCAGGCAGGAAGACCGUUCAGCUGAUACAGGCCCUCGUAGAGGUUCAAGAGUUCCACCAGUUGGAGUCCAACCUGCAGGUGUGUCAGUUCCUGGCUGACACCAGGAAGUUCCUUCACCAGAUGAUCAGGACGAUCAACAUCAAGGAGGAGGUCCUGAUCACCAUGCAGAUAGUAGGAGACCUGUCCUACGCUUGGCAGAUCAUAGACAGCUUCACGUCCAUCAUGCAGGAGAGUAUCAGAGUGAAUCCAUCCAUGGUGACCAAACUACGAGCAACCUUCCUAAAGUUGGCGUCUGCGUUGGAUCUGCCUCUGCUGCGAAUCAACCAGGCUAACAGUCCAGAUCUGCUUAGUGUUUCUCAGUUCUACUCCGGGGAACUGGUGAUCGUCAGGAAGGUGUUACAGAUCAUCCCUGAGAGCAUGUUCACCUCCCUGGCUAAGAUCAUCAAGCUGCAGAUCCAUGCCAUCAUGGAGGUUCCCACCAGACUGGACAAGGACAAGCUGAAGGACUACGCCCAGCUGGGGGCUCGCUACGAGGUUGCCAAACUCACCCACGCCAUCUCCAUCUUUACUGAAGGGAUUCUGAUGAUGAAGACUACGCUGGUUGGAAUCAUCAAGGUGGAUCCCAAGCAGCUCCUGGAAGAUGGUAUCAGGAAGGAGUUGGUGAGAAGAGUAGCCUACGCUCUACACAAAGGACUUAUCUUUAACCCCAAGGCUAAGACCAGUGAGUUGAUGCUGAAGCUGAAGGAGAUGGCAGCCACCAUGGAUGGCUUCUACCGGUCCUUUGAGUACAUCCAGGAUUACGUCUCCAUCUACGGCCUGAAGAUCUGGCAGGAGGAAGUCUCUCGUAUCAUCAACUACAACGUGGAGCAGGAAUGCAACAGUUUCCUGCGCACCAAGAUCCAGGAUUGGCAGAGUGUCUACCAGUCGACUCAUAUCCCCAUCCCCAAGUUCCCCUCGGUCGAUGAGUCGGCCACCUUCAUAGGACGACUCUGUAGAGAGAUCCUCCGCAUCACAGACCCCAAAGUGACGUGUUACAUGGACCAGUUGAACACCUGGUACGACCUGAAGACCCACCAGGAAGUGACCAACAACCGUCUGUUCUCUGAGAUACAGGACACCUUGGGGACCUUCGGCCUCAACGGGCUCGACAGGCUACUCUGCUUCAUGAUCGUCAAGGAACUGCAGAACUUCCUGUCGGUGUUUCAGAAGACCAUCCUGAGAGACAAGGCUAUGGUGGAUGUCUUUAAAGCCAUGCUGAGCGCUGUCAAUCCCGUCAAAGGUAUUGUGGCAAAUGCCAGUAAAGUCUACGCCAACGCUGUCGCCAAAACGCAGAAGAUCUGGGGUCCGUACUUGGAAUCCAUCAUGAAGGUUGGUCAGAUGCAGAUCCUGAGGCAACAGAUCGCCAACGAGCUGAACUACUCCUGCAAGUUUGACUCCAAACACCUGGCCGCUGCGCUGGAGAACCUCAACAAGUCUCUACUGGCUGAUAUAGAAGCCCACUACCAGGACCCCAGCCUUCCAUACCCCAAGGAGGACAACAACCUGCUGUAUGAGAUCACAGCCUCUCUGGAGGCAGCAGGCAUUCACAACCCACUCAACAAGAUCUACAUUACAACCAAGCGCCUGCCUUACUUUCCUAUCGUCAACUUCCUCUUCAUCAUCGCUCAGCUGCCUAAACUGCAGUACAGCAAAAACCAAGGGAUGACGUGCAGGAAAGCCACCGACCCGGUCGACUGGUCUCCUCUGGUUCUGGGCCUGCUCACUCUGCUCAAGCAGUUCCACUCCAGAUACACAGAGCAGUUCCUGGCUCUCAUUGGGCAAUUCAUACGCUCUGUCAUGGAACAGUGCACCAGUCAGAAGAUCCCGGACAUGCCGUCUGAUGUGGUGGGAGCUCUGAUGUUUCUGGAGGAUUACGUACGCUACACCAAACUGCCUCGCAAGGUGGCCGAGGCCCAUGUGCCAAGUUUCAUCUUCGACGAGUUCAGGACAGUCCUGUGAAGAUCUGGAUAAAGGACUCGAGUUCAGGACAGUCCUGUGAAGAUCUGGAUAAAGGACUCGAGUUCAGGAUGGUCCUGUGAAGAUCUGGAUAAAGGACUCGAGUUCAGGACAGUCCUGUGAAGAUCUGGAUAAAGACCUCGAGUUCAGGAUGGUCCUGUGAAGAUCUGGAUAAAGGACUCGAGUUCAGGAUGGUCCUGUGAAGAUCUGGAUAAAGGACUCUUCCUUUAACUUUCUGUUGAUUCAUUCAUUUUGACUUUAAUUAAAGCUCUUCCUUACGUAAUGACCUUUAAUGUGCUAAUUCUUUAGUAACACUGUAAAUAGUUGAAUGGUUUUUAAUAACAUCAUUUGUUGCCAACCUUGGUAUAAUGUAACUGUGGUAAUAUGUCAUAAAUUAAAAACAAAAGAGGCUUUGAAUAAAUCUAAUGAUAUAU